ACUCAGAAACCAAAUAUGAAACUACUUUUUGGAUCCUUUUUGAAAGAAUUCAAUUUGCUUUUUACAGGCAUUCCCAUGAGUAUUAAAGAAGAACAGUUAACAGUUAAAGCCAUUCUUCUUAGCUGCACAGCUGAUGCACCAGCGAGAUGUUUAAUGAUGGAUUUUGUCCAGUUUAAUGGUAAUUAUGGGUGUCCUUGUUGUCUAUCUCCUGGAGAAACAUUUGCAAUAUCGGCAACAGGGAACUCGCAUAUAUACCCCUACAAGUCAGAAAGUAAUGAAGGCCAUGACGAGUUAAGGACAAUGGAGGAAACCAAAGCUACAGCGCAUCGAGUAGAAACGGAAUAUUUGAGUGGAAGAAGACGAGAUCCUGUGCCAGAAAUGGGAGUCAAAGGAAUAUCCUUUUUGAUGUCAUUUCCAAAGUUUGAUUUAAUCAAAGGUACUGGCAUAGAUUAUAUGCACUGUGUUUUGCUUGGUGUUGUUAAGAUGAUCCUAGGGCUUUGGAUUGAUCAAGAUCACAAAAAUGAGCAAUGGUCUCUUAGAAGCCAUAUUGAUGUACUUAAUGAUAGAAUCAAAAAACUAAGACCACAUUGUUUGAUUUCACGCCUACCAAAAAAAAUUGAUGAGUAUGGUGACUGGAAAGCAUCUGAAUUUAGAACAUUUCUUCUUUAUUACUCUGUACCCCUUUUGGAAGAUGUACUCCCUUCAAAAUUUAAUGAUCAUUUUUGUAAUUUAGUACUUGGCACUUUCUUACUUUUAAAGACUUCAAUUUCACAGACUGAUCUGAAAUUAGCGAGAUGUUGUUUCAAAAGAUUUUGUAUUGGUAUAGAAGAACUUUAUACGGAGCGUUACGCUACAUUUAAUGUUCAUUGUCUUUUACACUUGUGUUCAAAAGUCGAAGAUUUGGGACCACUUUGGUCCCAGUCUUGUUUUUUUUAUGAAGGAUUGAAUGGUGAUCUUAGAAAUCUUUUCCAUGGUACACAAAAAAUUGAUCUCCAAAUUGUAACUGCUGUAUGCAUUCAAAAUAAAAUUCCUGAACUUGUUGACAAAUUAGAAAUAGGUUCUGUGAAGUCUUUUUAUCAAAAGAUGCAGUCAUCUUUGCAACAGUCAUUUACUAGGAUAUGUAUUGGACUUAAAACUUUUGUGGUUGGCUCUAUAAAGGCCUUUUUGCCUGAGGAACAUGUUACACAAUUACUGGAAAAUAAGUUUGGAAAUGUUGCUGAAUAUCAUAUCUUCUACAGAGUUUUACACAAUAAGAUAAUGUAUUAUAGUGAGGAGUACAAGCCUGUGAAAAAAAGAAACUCCUAUACAUGUAAGAACAAGAGUGGUAUUUGUCAGAUUAGAUAUUUUUUACAGUGUGCAACUGAAAAUGGAUACACAUAUGUUGCUGUUACUAGAAUACUUAAUGUACAGAAAUCUUGUACAAAUGUUUGUCAAGUGUCCAUUGGUUUAACAAAUGUAAUACUUGUAGAUGAUCUCGAGGAACCUGUCAUGUACAUAGAUAUUGAUGAGAGAAAAAAGCAGGUGGCAUUUUUCCCAAAUCUUAUUGAAAAAGAUUAAUAUAUUUAGUUGUCCAUUGAUUGUUUCAAUGUCAGACUAAGAGUUUUUGUAUACACUGUACUUACUAGCAUUUACCACAAACUGUCAUGAAGCUCAUGUACAAAAUGUAGUACAAAUGUAUGUCAAUUAAGUGUCCAUUGGGGUACCAAAUAUUAUGCUAGCAUAUAGAGGAUAUAUAUUGAGGAACCUUUUAUGUACAUGAAUAUUGAUAAGAAAAACUAUGUAGAAUUUUAUCCAAGUAUUAUUGAAAAUGAUAUAAUAAAAGAUACAUUAAUAUUGAAA